AUGCCCCCCACCCUGCGCCCCCCAUUCCGGGCUGUCCUGUCCCACUCCCUGCCCGAGCCGGGGGUCCCGCGGCGUCCCCCGGCCCCCCCACGCCCCCGGGGCCUGGCGGAGAUGCCGGGGCCGAGCUCCUCCUCCUUCAUCUUCGAGCUGCUGGCCGGGGGGGGGGUGCGGAGGCUGCACGAGAUGCAGGUCCACGGCCGGGCGCGGUUCGGGCCGCUCUGGAAGGCCCGGUUCGGGCCGGUGCUCACGGUUCACGUGGCCGAGCCCGCGCUCGUGGCUCAGGUGCUGCGCCAGGAGGGGCCCGACCCCUCCCGCGCCCUCCGCUGCCCCUGGAAGGACCACCGGACCCUCCGGGGGGUCCCGGGGGGGGCUCCUCACACUGGCCCCAUGUCCCUGUCCCCCCUGGAGGGGGAGGCCUGGUGGGGGUCGCGGCGGGUCCUGGCCCGGGGGCUGCUGCUGCCGGGAGCGGCCGAGGCCUUUGCUGGCCCGGUGGCGGUGGCGGUGGCCGAGCUGGUGACGCGGCUGCGGCGGCUGAGGCGACGCCACCCUGGGGGGGUCGUGUCCGACAUCGGCACUGAGUUCAACCGCUUCGGCCUCGAGGCCAUCUCCUGGGUGCUGUUCUCCUCCCGCCUGGGCUGCCUGGAGGACAACGGGGACCCCGAGGCCACCGAGGCCACCGAGGGUGUGAUCCGGUGUGUGGGGGCGGUGCUGGCACUGACCCUGGUGACGAUGGCACUGCCCAGGCCCCUCCUGCGCCUCGUCCCCGCGCCCUGGGACGCCUUCUGCCGAGCGUGGGACCAGCUCUUCGCCUUCGCCAAGGCACACGUGGACCGUCGCGUGGCCGCGGUGGCAGCGCGGGGGCUGCUGGCCCAGGGGGACACCUGUGUCACUGACCUACUGGCCCGGGAGCGGUUCCCCAUGAGCAGCAUCUACGGGAACGUCACCGAGCUGCUGCUGGCGGGGGUGGACACGGUGGCCAGCACGCUGGCCUGGAGCCUGUACGAGCUGGCCCGGCACCCGGGGGCACAGGCGGCCCUGUACCGAGAGCUGGUGGCCGCCACUGCCACCGACGGUGUCACCAACGGUGUCACCAACAGUGUCACCAACGGUGUCACCGGCAGUGACGGGGCCGGCGCCGGUGCCACCGCGGCCGCGCUGCGACGGCUGCCACUGCUGAGGGCGGUGGUGAAGGAGACACUCAG